AUGCCGUCUUGUACUUUGUUUGUGGAAUCGCGUCAAGACAAAACGCCAUUGGAGAUCUUUGUCAGUGCAAAUCAAGCCAGAGCAGAACAGCAGCAAGCACCAGGUAUUGUCAUUGCGCACCCCUAUGGGCCAUUGGGUGGAAAUAUGAACAACAAUGUUGUCAUUGCACUGCAGCGAUACUUUAGAUCGAAAGGAUAUGUCACCAUUUGCAUGAAUUUUCGAGGAUGCGGUAAAUCCAAAGGUAGAACCAGCUGGACUGCCAUGGCCGAAAGAGAGGAUUAUAUGUCGGUUGUCGAUUACGCUUUAGAUGACGGUGCAUUGCAAGAAUAUCCACGCAUCAACAGACUUAUCUUAUGCGGGUAUUCCUUUGGCGCCAUGAUUGCGAAUACCAUUGAUUGUGCCAGUGUGCCUUGUGCUUAUCUACUGAUCAGUAUACCAUUGGGCGUCAUGUGGGCUCUUGCAACCACAAAAGCUGCCUAUUUCAAAAAGCCGCCUCAUGCUAAAACACUGUGUAUCUAUGGCGACCAUGAUCAAUUCACGAGAUCGAGUAGGGUCAAAGACUGGUGCCAUGACGCUGUGUGCAUUCCGGAUGCAGAUCAUUUUUGGUUCAACUUUGAAUCAUUGCUAAUAGAGCAAGUGGAUCAAUGGGCACACACGCUGCAAUAG